AUGAACGGCCGCCAUUGAAAGCUAGAUUUCUCAUUAUAGAGUUACUUCUUUUUUCGCAUCCCCUGAUCCAUGCUACUUGGGUGUCGGCCGCCCUCGGGCCGUUGCUCGGGGCCCCAUCGAGCGUUCUCGGGAUUCCUCCGGCUCCAUAGAGUGCCCAGAUGCAGUUAUCAUAUUGAUGGUAGGAGUCGGACAUCUAAUUUUUGGACACCUACGGGGGGGGUCUCAAAAAAACAUGUACAGGGAAGUAAAGAGGAUGCCAACGAUCUCUUGGUCAGAGGUGGCUUUCUUCGACAGGCCUACUCGGGCAUCUUUCACAUGCUGCCCCUAGGGUUGCGUGUGCAGGAGAAGCUAGAACGUCUGAUUGACAAGUAUAUGCGAUCUGUUGGUGCUUCAAAGGUUUCUUUGUCGUCCAUAUCUUCCCAGGAACUCUGGGAGCAAUCCGGGCGGUUGAAAGAGGGAUCAGAGCUAUUUAAAUUUCUUGAUCGCAAAGAGUCUCGAUUGCUUCUGGCGCCUACGCACGAGGAAGAGAUUACUACUCUGGUAGGGAGUCUCACAAAAUCAUACCGUGAUUUACCUCUGCGAGUAUAUCAGAUUUCUCGGAAAUACCGAGAUGAACCACGGCCGAGGCAAGGCCUUCUCCGUGGGCGGGAGUUCAUCAUGAAAGAUCUCUACACGUUCGACCACAAUGUAGAAAACGCGCUGCAAACUUACACUUCAGUAAAGGCUGCGUAUACGCAACUUUUCAAUGAGCUCAAGAUACCGUAUCUCGUUGCCACAGCCGACUCAGGUAACAUGGGCGGUGAUUUGAGUCAUGAAUUCCAUUUCCCUAGCCCGAAGGGAGAAGACACCGUCGUCAGUUGCUCCAGUUGCGAUACUGUUUACAACGAAGAGCUGGCCGAUGGAAAAUCCCAUGACAUUGGGGAGCAGCGCACAGAGAGCCGAGAUGGCUUUGCCACAGAGGCAGGUUCCACGGAGGCGCCACCAACGAUAUCGACUGGUCUUUGGCUGUCGAUUUCAAAAGACAAGAGGACCCUCCUCAGGGCAUGGCACCCCAAGUUUUCCAUGCAAGGACCCAGCGAAGAACCAACAGAACGAGAAGUCAACUCUCAUGCCGUCAAAUCCAUAGCAAGUGCCGCUGGCAUCGACCUUGACCUCAGCAUUGAAAACCCUGUUGAACAGUGGUCGGCGCAAAUAAAAUCCGACAAAGCCUCUGGAUCUUCGACGAUUUUGCACCGCCCCCAGGUGAUCGAUUUGUACGACUCUCAGGUGCGGGUGUACAAGCGGCCACCACUGAGUGAUCUACUGCAGCAGGUCAACUGUACAGUAAGCGACAUCGAUUACUCCAUGCUCGACCGCUUCCCACACACAAACAACGGCCUUAGCAUCAUCAAUAUACACGACGGAGACAGGUGCUUCAAAUGCGGCGACGGCACCGUGAAAACCCACACUGCAAUCGAACUAGGCCACACUUUCCACCUUGGCACCCGGUACAGCCAAGUCCUCCAAGCGUCUGUCAUGGUCGAUAAGGCUGCGCUUCGCGAGUCGGGAAGCUCCAGCACAUCUGACCAGACUGUGCCCAUGCAGAUGGGCUGCCACGGCAUCGGGGUAUCGCGCAUGAUCACAGCUGUGGCCGACAGCCUGGCUGACCAAAAGGGGCUGAACUGGCCGCGAGUGAUGGCACCCUACGAGGUCGUUGUCGUUCCGGGCAAAGGUCUGGAGAAGGACGCAGAGAAGAUAUACGAUACCCUUGCCGCAGAUGAAUCCAGUCCACUAGAUAUCAUUCUGGACGACCGCAACAAACAGAUGGGUUGGAAACUGGGCGAUGCCGACCUGAUCGGGUAUCCGGUGAUCAUUGUGGUUGGCAAAGGCUGGAAGAACCAGCAGACGGUGGAGGUGCAGUGUCGCCGGUUGCACAACCUGAGGGAAGAGGUGUCACUGGAGCAGUUGCCUGGAUUUGUGCGGUCUUUGUUGGAGAGGCUCUAACCGCAGCCGGCGCAGUGGGGAAGUAGAUGUAUUAUACGACUUUGUACAGUAAAUAUAAGCAUGGCUCUGUG